AAAAAAAAAAAAAAAGAGUUACUCGAAACUUUGAAACGUGAAAAUCAGCGACAGGCAGAAAGAGAGGACACAAAAAAUGGGCUGGGGAUGACGGAACGCACUGAAUAAAAUCAGGUUUUGGACCCAGAAAGAGCACAGAGGCGAGAACGCUACAACUCUGGAAAAAAAUCAAAGACGAUCACUGAAGGGUACAGACUCGAAGGCACUGAAGCUGAAGGGAUACCAGACUCGUCCCUCAUCUACAAGAAGCGAUGGUCUUCCUGCUCAUAUCCCUAACUGUGCUGCAUCUGGUCACCUUGGCCAUGCUCCUCAUCGCCACCCUGGAGAAGUCAUGGUGGGUAUGGACUGAUUCAGAAAUCAGAGACCUCUGGUACAACUGCUUCCACAAUAAUGCCACAGAAACCUGGAUGUGUGCUUCCACUAAUGAAAGCGACUGGCUGCAGUCUGUCCAGGCCCUCAUGGUCCUCUCUGUGGUCUUCUCCUCCAUCUCCUUCUUGGUUUUUCUGGGUCAGCUGCUCACCUUGUCCAAAGGAAGACUUUUCUACUUCACAGGCCUAUGUCAGGCAUUUGCAGGUCUCACAACCUUUGCCGCUUGCCUCAUCUUCACCUUCCACAGAAAGGAAAUCUUAAAUGACUCCAGAGAUCUGGCCAAAGGACGCUUUGGCUACUGUUUCAUUCUGGCGUGGCUGUGUGUCCCUCUCCUCCUGAUCAGCGGAGUCCUAUAUGUCCACCUGCGCAAGAAGCAGUGAGCGACAAAAGAUAGAGAAGAUAAAGAACGCCUUAAAAACCGUUUUAGUAUGAGUGUGAUGUUCAUUUCACUUCAGUCACUUCACAGUUAACAGUAAGCAUGCAUGUGGAAAUAAGAUGACUGAGAAUGAAAGCCGUGUUGAAAAGAUACACUUCUGUUUUCUUUCUGACUCAAGACCCACCCGACCGUGCCCAUGCUUCAUGGUAUGUGGGACAUUUCCGUCAUCAUAGUGGCGUCGUUCUCUGUGAGAUAUUAUAUUGUCAGUCAAUAAAGAUCAAGAUAGACAAAGGUAAUUAAAACUCAGUCACGCUAUAUGAUAAAAACACAAUGUUACAUGAAGGAUUCUGACUCUGCUGUGCUUAAUGUGUGAUUGUUUGUUUUGUAUAUAUUUGUGUUUUCUUAUUAAAAAAAACAAAUGCA